CCCCCCCCUCCGGACCCCCCCGGCCGAGCCCGGCCAGAUGUCGGCCGCUCGCGGAGGCUAAGCAGACAGUGUCAGGAAGCAGAGGGCGGGGCCUGGGAGCCCAGAGAGCAGCGGCCAGCGGGGAGACAGACAGACAUGAGGCGCUACGGCUCGCCUGGACGGGGCUCCACCACCACCACGGAGGAAGGGUCGCCCCCCGGAGAGAGGAGAAUCCGACGUCUCCGACUCACACUACAUGCUGUCGACGAUGAAACCGAGCCCAAAACUACAAACCCUGAUGCGAAGGAAGUGUUGGCCAAUGGGGAGUGGAAGAAGAAGAACGGCCUGGUUCACAGGGGGAGGCCGGUGGGACGGGAGGCCCCGGAGCAGCACCUGAGGGCCUCAGCCAAUGGCAGCGGGCCCCCGGAGGGCGGCGAGCGGCAGGAUGGGCCCAAGGUGUACGGCGUGGUGCAGAGGACGGGCGGCGACCGCACGCAGGAAGUGAUGGCGCGGCAGUGGUCGGCCAAUCACCUGCAGGACGAGAUGAAGUACAUCAAGGAGGUCAGAGACUCUCUGGAGAAGGUCCGGGAACGCAUGUACGGGCAGUUUGGAGGCAUGCAGCAGUCCAUGCAGAAACUCUCCCAGGAGAUGAGGAUGGCCAACACCCACCGGCGGACCCUGGAGUCGGAGGUACGCGUGAGGACCACGGCCAUGGACAGCUACGACCAGAUGAACGGCUCCCUCAUCUCGGCCAACCUUGACCUGCAGAAAUCGCUGCUGGAGAACUGCAAGACGCGGGUGGACAUGCGGGACGAGGUGAAGACGCUGCGAAGCUCCCGGCAGGAGACGGAGGCCCGGCUCCGUGAGAAGGAGCAGCAGCUGGCCUCCGUGACGGCCGAGAACCAGACGCUGAAGCUGCAGGUGGAGGCGACCGAGGAAGCCCGCACCCUGGUGGUGAAGGAGGUCUCCUCCCGGCUGCAGAGGGAGUUCGACGAGAGGCUGAUGGCGGAGCAGAAGAAACACAGAGAGGAGAUUGAAAAGCUGCAGGCCCAAAUCGACGAGUACGUCAGGCGUCUGGAGGAGGCCGAGACCACGAGCCGCACAGCCCAGGCCCAGGUCGCCGAGCGGGACCAGAGGAUCGGAGAGCUGGAACGCCUUCUGGACUGCAUGGGACAGGAGAAGACCCAGCUCGGAGAGAAGCUGCAGAAGUGUGAACAACGGCUCCGCCUGCUGGAGCUCACUGAUCAGACGGACGGCAGCGUGACACGGAGAUCCAAAAGUCUGGAGAACGAAGCGACAGACCUCCGGGAGAGGAUCAAACAUCUGAACGACAUGGUGUUCUGCCAGCAGAGGAAAGUCAAAGGAAUGAUAGAGGAGGUUCAAUCGCUCCGGUCUAAGAUCGCACAGAAGGACGUUUUCAUCUCAGAACUCCUAGACAGGAUUGCCAUAGUGGAAUGUGAGAAUAAUGAGUUAGACGACAAGCUGAAGUAUUUUAUGUCUGUGCAGAAUAGGGCAAGAGAUAAACUCCAAACCAGGGAGGUUGGAGUGGGCUGUGAUUUGCCCUCUAGGAACGAAUCCCAAGGCAGGCCCAGCGGGAGCCCCCUCCAGUCUGAGCCCAAUGACUUCCCAGGACCGCAUCGUCCGGACCCCUAUUCGAGCAGCCCCUCCCCACCCAGGAGCCCCCAGGCUUCCUACCUGCCCCCCAGUAGACUGGAGAGCAGUUUACUGAGGUACACCCCUCUCCAGUACAGCCGCGUCCUGCAGGCCAACCCCAGCACGCCCCCCAGCGUGGCGACGGCCAUUCAGGCCUCAGACUCUGAGAGCCCCCCCGGCAACGAGGCCGGCUCCACGAGCCCCUCCAACGGCUCAGGUCCAGCCGACGCCGGCCCCCCCACCCGCGCUCCCACGGCGAGACCCCCAUCUCAGAUCUACACCCCCUUCAUGAGACUGAUGGAGAUCACCGCAAAUAUCAAGAUCGAUCCGUGACCUUCACUUCCUCGUGUCGGGCUCAAGGACGUUGCCAAAUCAAAAGAAGGGAUGUAUAUUUCUGAUUUGAAAAGAUAAUUUGUUUUGCAUUUUGGGUGAAGACAGGGAAAAUAAAUAUAAUGAUGUUAUGGAGGGGUCAAAUGCUGGUACGGUAUUGUGAAUGCGUGUAUGGAGUAUCUAUGUCGGAGAAGCCUUUUAUUGAUGUGAAACAUUCACCCCCGUUCUGCAGUGUUACUGUAGCUGUAUAUAGUUUUGGCACUGUAAAUCAAAGGUUGUUAAUAACACUGCUGGUUUGUACUUUAUUUUGUUUACAAUAUAGUCCACCUGGAAGACUCAUUGAAGGAUAGGGAUCAUAUGGGAAGAGGUCAAAACCAUUCCUUUGCAUUUUUCUCUACUUUGGUAUUUACUCCCGAUAAAUGAAGUGAAGUAUUUUGUUAUUUUUUAAACUGCAUAUUUAUUACAAUGUUUGAUGUUGAACAUGGGUGAUAGAAAUGUAUCCCGUGUUUCACCAGUUUAUUAACUAAUGAAGUAUGGUGCAUUUGAAUGAUGGAAUAUGCGUAUACAUUUGUAUUUAUGGAACUUCCUGAGCCGACUCAAUAUGCGAGGUGCUUUCUAUCAAGAGUAGAAUCAGCUAUGCCCCAAUCAAUGCAUAUUAAUCUGCAAAUACAACAUGAAGCCAUAUAUAUUUUGAAAAUAAAUAUUAUUUAUGUUCUCUAUUGUUAUUCUUGUCAAUUUAAUAAUCCGGGUCCUUGGAAGUAACUAACCCACAUUUAUUUGUAGGUGACGUACUAUAUACCUCAAUGUUUUUUAAUUGUAUUAAUGCCAUUGAAGGUAUUACUAUGACAAAAAAA